AGAUGCGCAAACUGUCAUGAGACCAUGCAGGAUGCAGCUCAAACCCUCCUUCCUCUCCUAACGGUUGACCCUCCUGACUCCUAGCGGCAAAUGGGUAGAGGACAGUGUCAAAAGGACGAGUGUAAGCGGUGAUCUUUACUUCCCCCUCUCCAAUGAAAUUUGCGCAGCUGUGGAGCAUGUUUUCGCUCUUGUACCUACUUUGAUGGAUUUCAUACGGCUGCGUGUAGCAUACCAAACAUCCUGUUAUAAAAUUCUGCUCUCAGUAAUUCAUGGUGGCACAGAUUGCAAUGCGAACUGUGGAGGCUGACUUUCCAUUUUAUCCUCCUCUAUUUGUGGCUACUGCCACGCCCUCCCGACUGGCCAGGAAAAAGUUUAACAAGUGUCUUUCAGGUUCAGACUAACCGCCGCUUUUGUACAAAAGGCUCCCAAAGGAAAGGAGAGGAUUCCUUUGGAAGACAUAUUAAGCCUCUUAGCAUCUGAAUACUAAAACGGUUAGACUAGAAAAAAGAAAUAAAUUGACCUGCUUAUCUUUACUAGAGCUGCUUUGUUUCUCAUUUUAAAGAAACAAGAAUAUCAGUUCUGAAGAUGCUAUGCGCUCUUUCUCGAUGAAACCUUGAGGUUCUGAGCUGCGACUUUUUUCUGAUACCACUGCAAACAUUUUCACUUUGACAGCUGAGGGACCAGUGUAAGGAGCGAGUUGGUCACUUUGGAUGAUGGCUGGGUGUUGUGUGUCGGCGGAGGACAGGGAGACCAAGAGGAUCAACGACGCGAUCGAGGAGCAGCUGCGGAGAGACAAGAAGGACUCUCGCAGGGAGCUGAAGCUGCUGCUGUUAGGAACUGGUGAGAGUGGAAAGAGCACCUUUAUCAAACAAAUGAGGAUCAUUCAUGGAGGAGGGUACACAGAUGAGGACAAGAGGAGCUACGCUAAGCUUGUCUUCCAGAACAUCUACACAUCAAUGCAGACCAUGAUCCGAGCCAUGGGGGCACUGAGUAUAUCUUUCUCUGAUCCCCAGAACCAGGGCCAUGCAGACUCAGUCCUGGAAGUGGAAGUGGACAAGGUAGAGGAGUUAGAUCAAAACCUUGUGGUGGCCAUCAGGAAUUUGUGGAAUGAUGCAGGAAUACAGGAGUGCUAUGACCGGCGCAGAGAGUAUCAGUUGUCUGACUCCACCAAAUACUAUCUCACUGACCUGGAUCGGAUUGCACAACCAUCUUAUUUACCUGAUCUUCAGGACAUCCUCAGAGUCCGGGUGCCAACCACAGGUAUCAUUGAGUACCCCUUUGACAUGGAGAAUGUCAUUUUCAGGAUGGUGGAUGUGGGUGGUCAGAGGUCAGAAAGAAGGAAGUGGAUCCACUGCUUUGAGAAUGUCACCUCCAUCAUCUUCCUGGUGGCGCUCAGUGAAUAUGACCAGGUCCUGGCUGAAUGUGACAACGAGAAUCGUAUGGAGGAGAGCAAAGCCCUGUUCAAAACCAUCAUCACCUACCCCUGGUUUGAGAAGUCCUCUGUCAUUCUUUUCCUCAACAAAACCGACAUCCUCCAGGAGAAGAUUAUGCAUUCUCACAUAGCCACCUACUUCCCUGAAUUCACAGGACCCCAGCAGGAUCCAGUAGCAGCGCAAGAAUUCAUCCUCAAAAUGUACCAAGAACAAAACCCAAACAAGGACAAGAAGCUGUACUCUCACUUCACCUGCGCCACAGACACAGAAAACAUCCGCUUUGUCUUCGUGGCCGUCAAAGACACCAUCCUCACAGCCAACCUUAAGGACUUCAACCUGGUGUAAAAUAGAGGGGAUUUUAAAAAGUAAGAAAAAACAGAAGGUAAAGUCACAUAAUGUUUAGCAAUACAUGAGAAAAAUCUAAAAACAUCUGAAAAUUGUUUUCAAUUUAAACCAGUGAAUUUAAACUGAAGUGCCUGAACAGAUUGUGUAGUUUUGUCUUUAAAAUGUAACUUUGUAUAGAUGUAGUUUUUAUUUUUGUCUCUACUGCAUACAGGUAUCCUGUAAAUGAUACUUUACGGUAGUACUACAAAUGUGAAAAUUAGUGGGAAGGAACUUCAAACCUCUUCUACAGUGUGAACUACUUGGAAAAUACAUACAAGUCUGAGUGCUUUAACUUAAAUAUAAUAUAUUCUCACUUAGCCGUUGAUUAGAGUGCCUUUAGGCUUGAAACACUGAGCCUUUACCAGAGCCUUACUUAGCUUCAUCAGUUUCUCUUGGUGUCAUAUACAAACUGCAUUUCCAAAAAAGGUGGAGUUUUUCUAAAGUGCAACAUCCAUUCAUCCAUUCUCCUCUGCUCAUACUUCCCUUUCCCCAGCCACUUCCUCCAGCUCAUCCAGGGUUAUGCCAAGGCAUCCCAAGAGACAUAGUCUCCUCCUGGUGGGAUGUGCCUGUAACAUAAAAUUUAAAUCUGUAAUUUGCAAAGAAAUUUAUUUUUUGGUGUAUAUUUACUGACAAAUAAAUAUAGAAUUUGAUAUACAUACACCCCCCCCCCCCCCCCCCCCCCCCCCAAAAAAAAAAAGCUGUAAUGAAGGCAUGUCUAUCAUUAUGUCAAGUUCCUCUUCCUUUUAAAAAAUUGUUUAGGAAACUAGGUAAAUGAUGAUUGCAGUUCUGAUGGAGGAAUCUAUUUCCAUUCUUGGUAAACAUAUCUUCAUCAUGUGGUCUUCAUCAGCAGACUAGACUGCAGGCAGGCCCGUCAAGUACAUACACUCUGCAUGUUUGAAUCUGCACUGUUGUGCAGAAUGAUGACCGAUAUUAUCCUGUUGAAUAACCACCAAACUUCCAAGGAAAGACGUUGCCUUGGUGACAUAUUUCUCCCCAAAAUUCCAACAUACACCUCUGCAUCAAUGCAAGCUUCACACAUUAUGCAAAUUCAUGCCAUGGACACUGAAGCAUCUCCAUGCAAAUAAGAAGAGGUAAAUACACCUCUACCUCGUAACAGCCUGAAUAGCCUUUCUGAUUUGUGGCAUACAGAGACAGAAUUCCAUCUUUUUUUUUUUUUUUCUAAAGGCAACUAAAUUAUGAAAUCGUCUGACAAGAGAAAACAUCUCCACUCUCUCAAUGUCUCCCUGAGAUGAGUUUGUGUCCAGAAAACUUAGAGGCAUGUCUGCACAGAGUUGAUUUUUGACUCCCUCUUUGCUUAACAUUUCAGGUUGGAUUUCUGAAUGCAGCAGUAGAAUGUAAAAUAAAAAAAAAUAAAAAAAAUUCAAGGGCCUCCUGAGCUCAUGUGGGUUCAUUGCAACAUAGCUUCUCAUGCAGGUCUGAACUGAGAGCUCAACGGUCACAUACAUCCAACAAUGUUUUCCAUCAAUGACCUUUACACACUGGAAUUUCCCCACACUCCCUGAAGCGUUUCAUUAUUUUGCACUACAAUUCUGUUUUUGUUAAAAAACAAAACAACGAAAAAAAAAGGUUGCCGAUUCUAUAAGUUCGAUACAACACGAUCAAGCCAUGACCCACCCUUGCUUGCAAUGACUAAACCUUUUGUGAAUGUGCCUUUUAUACCCAAUCCUGACACCUUCACCUGGGACCAGUUAAUCUGCUGAUUGGACACUCCAGAACUGGUAUAUUCUGUGGACUGCCAUCGUCUUUUUUAGGCCACCGCCUAAUAUUUUUUGAGUGUGUUGUUGGUAUAAAAUUCUAUUUUUUUUUUUGCAAAAGAUCAGUGAAACCACUGAAAAUGACAUUUUCAUUCUUACUGCAUUUCUCUAAUCUUUCCUGGAAAUGGGGUUUGUACAAUAAUGUGAGUUGUGCUUGGAGAAUUGGGAUCUAAGAAUUAAUUUAAAGAAGGAAUUAAAAUUGUAAUGAAUAAAACAUGUACUGUUUGUUGUGAAAAGUUCAACAGUAGUUGUACUUGAAAUUUUCAUUGUACAGAUGAUGAAUAAAGACAGUGCAGAAAC